UCGUGAAUUCAUCUGUGGAGGAGGUGUGUGCCGGCAGUCUCAGCUGCGAUGGAGAUGGCGGUGACAUUUGUGGAGAGCCAAGCAACAGAAAGUUCCGCAGGAAGAAAGCACAGAAGUUUGCCUACCACAAGUGGUACAUGUAUGGGGGCGGGACAUUCAAGAAGCUCUACAAUGUUGAAAAAGGCGGUGACAGUGGUGUUAUCAAAGGCAGGAAAAGUAUAAACCCAGAGCAUGAGGUUGUUCCGGGUCCAAAAAAAAAGUUAUCAACAGUUCAUAAGGAGACCAUAGCAACAACAGGUUCAGCGAUAAACAUCACAAGCAGCAAUGAAACUGUGUGCCACCCAGGCUGCCCUCCUGCCAAGCCAUCCCUCAUCUCUGCUGCAGAUUAUGAUCUAAAAACAAGUCAUCUUCAUGCAUCAAAUAGCUUUCUCAAGACUCCACUCCGCAGAAAUCUGUCUUUGUCUAUAUUGCCAUUGCCUUCAGUUGCAUCCCUGGGUGGGCACAAAACAAGCAGCCUGAGUAGUGUAGAGACAGGUGGAUUGACAAAUGAAGAAAAACAUACUGAUCCCACCCCACAACUAUGUGGAGCCCAUGUCCCCUCUGACAGGAAAAAGCAGAGAACUGAUGACAAAAUCACUUCUCCAUUGAAGAUGGAGGUCAACCCAAGCACAAUGAGUCAUCCCCCUCCCUCCAUUGUUGGCAGUAGACCUCAGCACGAUACACAUCUCAGUUAUAUCAACCUUCAAACAAAUCAAAAACACAUGCAGCUUAAGGGAGUUCUCUUCCCGCCAUGCAUAAUCAAUGCAAAUGCACUGUCUGUUAACACCUCACCAGCCACUUCCAUCUCUUCUGCUGCCAAGACCAGCUUCCUGCCCAAGUACCAGCUCAAGCUACCUAAUGCUGAUUCAAAUACUUCACUGCAUGUUGGGGAUAAACCAACAGGAAUUGAAGACCACACUUUCACCUCUGCUUUAUCAUCUUCUCACAAUGACCAAACCUCACCCUUGGUCACAACUUCUGAAAAGAAAGACAGCGAUCCUGUCACUUCACCGUUGAUGCAGACUUGUGAAAUGAAAAAGACUUUCAGUACCACACAAGCUCAUCUUCUCUCACCCUGCAUGGCCACAACCCUUUGCCAGGUUAAAACAUCAAGGUUCAAUGAAAAUGCAGCACCUAGUCUAUCUGUAGUGCAGAGGCCAUUUGCAGCAACCACAAUAACCACAACCUGCCUAAAAGAUUAUCAGUCAGGAUUAUGCAGCACUUCGAUACAGCCUUCAAGAUCUGACACGGCCUCAGUGCCUCUGCAGUUGCACAGACCUGUUGAACCUACAGUUGCACACAUCCCUGCUAUGCCUCUCAUAACCACAGCAAGCAAUCAGACAUCUACUGCUGCUGUUACAGCUUUCUCACAAAGUCAGUCUAACUCUAACCCUCCCCUGUCACAUUCCCAACUCUCAACAGCAUCAGACCCUGUAAACAGAGCAUAUGCCAGCCCAAACACCGCAUCCGUACCUUGUCAUAUUGUACCAUGUGACAUGGUACAACCAGCUGCUCAGAACGUGUUUCAUGUUCACACCGCUGACCUCCAGAUCUGCCUCCAGCUCAUAUCUGAUGAGCAGCUGGCUCUCAUUGAACCGCAGAUUGAGAAUCAAGCAGAUAGCAGCCUCUCACAGAGAAGCAUGGAAGCACUGGGCCCUGAAGUGACCCAGAGUAAAGUUCAAAGCUCUGUCACCAUGGAAAUUAGCAGCGAGGGAAGGGGCCAUCAACAUCUGGGACAUCAGAAGGAGAUGGACCAAAGUGGGUCCUUAGCCACACUUCACAUGGAGAGCACAAAACCUCCGCUGUCUGUCCACUUUGGGAAGGUGCAGCCAAACAUCCACAUGAUUGAACACAGUAAUUCCAGUCAGGCUGCAGUGUCAGCUGAAUCUAAGCCUCCUGAAACUCUAGGCUUGAUGCUACACCCACACAAAUACAGUCAUGUAAACACUGCCACAGAGACCUUGAACUCUUCAAGCAGCGCUAUGUCAGCUGCUGCUUCGCACAAAGGUGUAAAGUCAGGAAGGAGACAAACUUCACAGGAGGAGCGUACCCCUUCUCUGAACCAUUGUGCUGAGGAGCAGCUUUUGCUGGAUAGGAGGGUUAGCCAAGGUCAACUGGUCUCACAAACACUCUCUGGCCAGCACAGCCUGAGUGUGACCUGUCUUUCUCCCAGCACAGUCAAUCAGAAUAGCACAAGAAGUGAUCUUUUAGAAAAAGAAAGCCAACAGAAACUUAGCAGCAGGUUAGAGAGCGGAGAGCCUCAUCCCUCGCUCCAGGUUAAAUCAAGUCAGGCCUCCAGUGUUGCAGGUGCAGAUGAACUCUCUGGGUUAGUUUCUACAUUUUCUUUCAAUAAAUGCAAAACUCCAAGACAGCUGAAGCCACAAGCAUCCAUCUACAGCGGUAAUCCUGCAGAACCUACAUUAUCUGAGACUUUGAAUCCAUCUCAACAAGCAAGCAGGGGCUGUGACAGGGUGGGACCUUUGGACAAUUCUUCCCCUUUACAGGAAAUGACUUUCAAUGAAUCACAGGAUGUAAUCUGCUCAGCCCACUCAGAACAACAACUGGGUUUGUUUACGUCAGUGACCUCUAACAUCCAGGUGGAAAGACCCAGAAACACUCCAGCUGUGCUUACACAUAUUCAGAGCCCUUCUACAGGGCUCACAGAGGGAGCCUCCCAGAUGGGAUGUGCAGCCCAGAAGGAGUCGCAGACAUGGGCUCAUGGAGGAUUGAGCCUUGGGCAGCCAGACAGCACAGAUUGGAGGCCAAAGCAGAGUCGAGAGGCUGGAGAGACAAACCACCAUAGCGUAGAGGGGCAGGGUGGAGGAGCGGUGAUGGGAGAGGAUAAUAACAGAGGAAUCAAGUCAGACCAGGUGCCAGACCAGUGGGGUAACACCAAGACUAAGUGCAGAUACAUGGGUUCAUCAGAUAUGCUAAAGCCAGUGGGAGAAGACAAACAGGUCAAGGCAGAUUCCUGUAAAAAUUCUUGGCUAUCUGAGCAGGAUCUUCAGCAUCAUUCCCAGACACACUCAGAAAUGUUUGAAUGCCCUCCACAGAGCCCUCUGCAAGCUCCAAGCUCAUCAGGUAACCUUAAUAUGCCCGUCAGCAGUGGCACAACUGGCCUUUUUAAUUCUGCCCAGCCCCUUCUGGAAAUGAGCAACUUUUACUUCUCACAACAACAUUGGGAAAGCAGUAUCAUCCAUAACCACCAAGCACAGAGGAUCUUAAGCGAAUUCAGUUCUAGUGAACAUAUCAAAGAGCAAGACAAGUCACAGAAUGCUUUUUCACAAAUUGAGUGCAGCCCUCAGCAAAGAUUUCCACUUCAGGAUGAGAAGCAAGACCAAAAGCAGAAAAGCUCAAGUCUUUCACCUGAUGUUAAAACAUCAUCCAUCAGACACUACUGCCAAGUUUCUCAUUCUGUUCAAGGCAGCAGAGCCACUGCUGGCUAUAAAGGAGAUAAUAAUAUGCUGGACAAUAGGCUGCCAUCAAAGACCUUUAAUUAUGCAGAACCUGAGCAGAACACCAAGGAUUGGGCAUCAAAUGACUACACAGUGCAGAGCAGUAACUCUGGGAGACCCGACACUACCAACAAAUACCAGUCUCUUCUUUUGGCUGGUCAGCUUCAAGGCUACCAGUCAGCUGAGUGUCUGACCAGUGGAGUGAGGCCUGUACAAAGCUGCCAAGACUACGCAGGAGACACCAGCAGUAGUGACGAUGAGGGAAAGCUUAUCAUUGCUUUAGGAGAAAAGUGAACAUACAUAUACACUAUCUGAAUUUUAUUUACAGUGGUUGAUUAUCUCAAUGGGCUGAAUGGAACCACACGUCAAUAAGUGAAUAAAAUGAACUGUCAUGUUUUCCCAUUACAAAUAAUACAUUAAAAGGGCAGUGGACAAUUCUGCAAGUAUAAUGUAGGUUGAGUGCGAGCAAAUGCUGCAUCCAUGUCAUAUUGUUAAACAGAAUGACAUUUCUGUUCUGCACUCGUUGUCUGUUAACUUAUCAUUAUAUGAAAGUAACUGUCCCCGUUUAGGAAAAAUCUACAAUCACUGAAAAAUCUGCAUGGCUAAUUUUUUUCGCAGCAAGACUGCUAGCUUCACAUUGCUAGUCCCCUCCUCUCCGUAAUGCUUUUCUCAAUGAGUGUUGACAGAAAAGUGGCUUUCUUCUGCUAUUGAUCCCAACCGGCGGGAUUAGUUCUGCCUCUAAGAAACACUGUAACCUCUGUUUUGCUCACACAAAUUGCUACAGCUUUCCCACACUCUCCUAUAAAUUGCACUCUGUAACCUUCUCACUACCUUCCCAGAUAGCACCUGUCUGUAUGAGCCAUGUACACAUGCUGCCAAAUAGCCAUUAAGUUGCUGAUCAGAUCAUGCAGGUAAAACAGGAACUGGCUUGACUGGUGGGGCAUGACCCCUUUUCCCAGUCUAGAUUUGGGAAUGAGUCAGCAGCUGUAAUCGGACACCAGGGCUCAUGGGAACAGGAAAUGCAAACAUUUUUGUACAUAAAUGCACAGCUAAAGCUCUCGCUGACUUGCUUAUCAAUUGUCAGCCCAUUAGUGGCCAUAAACCUUUCGAGAUUUGACAGGUGUAUGUGUGCAGUAAUGCUUAAUGGGCUUUAUCUCAUAUGUAUCUGUUCAGGCCUAUUUGGUUUGACAUGCUAGAAGAGUUUCCAAUCCUGUUGGACGCAAAGGAAAGGCAGACAGAAAAAUGUGCCACCAUCUACAGUCACAGUUAUUGUACAAGCUGAUUUAUCUUUGUGUUAAUUUUUCAUUUUUAAAUUUUAUUUUUUUUGUUAAAGAUCACAAAUGCACACAUAACUGACAAAGCAAAUGCAAACUCAUCUCAGAUGCAUUGCUCAUCAUUUUGUGUUAAAAGAAGAAGUAAAUUAAAUUGUACUCAAACUCAUGUUUUUUCUGGUCUGAUUGUAUG